AUGUUUACCAGUUUUCGAAAAUCUAAACGCUUGCGUUGGUUUAGAAUGGAGCAUGCUCGUAGGAGAAGCAUAAAUGAAAGGGAGACUAUGAUUGUUUUCGUCUAUGACACUGAGUGUCUUAAAGACGAGGCUGAUGAUCCGGUUAAGGCAGUGCUCUACUUUCAUCCCAGUUGGGUAUCGGACACACAGAAGGUGGCUCUUUGUGGUCAGCUUAUGGGCACAUCGUAUUUUCUAAAGGAUUGUUUCUUUAAACCGAAAAUAAUGGCAUUGCAGAAUGGCAAAUUUGUACUUAAGGAAUUUGGCAGAUUCACGUUGGUGGUCGGCACUGAUCGCAAUAUCUCAGAUUAUUUGCUGCAACAACGCGCUGAUCUGCUCGCCUCGCUGGUGAAGUUCUUUCAUCGUGAUCUGCAAAGCGUUUUCGAUCAGUUCCCACAACAAGCACAAUAUAAGAAUCUCUCCGAAAAGCUAUAUCAUAUAUUCGAAACAUAUCUACCGAUUUUACAACGCAAUGGACAUAUUUUUCAAAACGUACCAAAACUGCGUAUGCCAAAAACGGCUAGUAAUAUAUUUUUGGAUGCCAUACAAACACUACAAUGCUGUCAACAAACAAAGGGUAUUUUGGGCGGCGCCGUGUUAUAUCAUAACAAAGUGGUCGCCACCCAACUGGGUGAUACCAUAACCAAACAGCUGGUACUUACCGAUCCGCUACAUAUACGCACCACCGCCGAGCAAAUACACAUCACCGAUUUCCACAUACCUAACGGUGUACAAAUGUUGAUAGUUUAUGUUGACGUUCCACAAUACAGUCGUUUAGCUGCCGACGCACAACGCGCCCAAACUUUGCAGACCACACAACUGUCACAGGGUUUGCUGCCGUUUCAGUAUGCAAAGCGUAAAAUGAAACGCGAUAAAUCGUUAAUAUUUACAAACAUACCAGAAGAGGGUAGCAGCACAGCUGUUGGCAUGACCGGUGAAGAUGUUGAAGAAGAAGGUGUUGUCGCAAUUACAGCUGCGUCGCAAACACCGGCAUCAGUGCGGCCUAAAUCCCUGUUGAUACGACCCAAUCAUCUGCCUUUGCGCAAUCGCAACGGCAUGGGUAGUUCGAAGGAGUUGCCCGAGUCGGGCAUUGCUUCGAUAAAUUUCGACGAGACCGAUUCGUAUCCGGAAUUUAUAGGACGCACUAGCGUGUGCUCCACGCCAAUGACCGAGAAUAAAGUGCUGCAAGUGGGGAGCAUAAUGUCUAUAUGCGCAAAUACUGAGGACGAGAACAACUCGAAUAAGCAAAGCACACAAAAACCCAAUCGCCGUAAUUCGUUGAAAUUCGAUUUUGAGAAGUUCUUUCAAAAUUUCAUCGCCAAUCCAAAUAAGCAAAUGGAGCGCCGCAACUCUUUUACCGACUUGCAAGAUUCGCUCAAGAAGAUCUCGAAGAAAUUAUCUUUAAAACAAUUUUCGCAUAGCUUUAAGACUGAUGUCAAUCGUAAUGGCAGCGUAAGCGGCAUCGAGGCCGUUGAAUCGCCUGAUUUUAUCGAGAAUGACGAUGAUAUUGAUGACGCCGAGCAAAACUCGGAUAACUCUGAGGAGAAUAAUCGUACAUCACGCACCAUAACAGAUCCCACCUAUCCCGUUUUUAAUGAGAAUGGUCAACCCAUUUCGCGUAGCCUUUUUCAGGAAUUUAUCGAAAAAUAUUAUCGCCUUUGGGUCGAGAAUGGCAGCGGUAAUGAUAGCGCCAAAAAGGAUGUCGAAAUCGCACAACUUAUUGAGGAAUUUAAGGAGUUUGAUAACGAGCUGAAAAAGUUGGAUGGAUCGUUGCGUCAGGACUCGGCAGAGAAUGGCAGCGGCACAACAGCUUUGAAAGCAGAUCGCAACCUAAAUACUGAACUACCCGCCGCUGUGGUGAUAAAAGCGAAAACACCGCUUGAUAAGAAAUCACUUAGUCUUCCCCUCAAGCCACUCGCCGAUGCGGCUGUGCCAUCUAAUGAACGUGAAUUGCCCUUUGUUAUGGGUGGUCGCAAGCAAUCAGGUGGUGUGCCACUAACACCACUUAUGGCUAAACUCUCUGUGCUGGCACUGAAUGAGGAACACAACAGCAGCAGCAACGGCGCUUGGGAUGUCAGCACAGUUGAAAUACAAACGCCAAUCAAUACCACCAAAGUAUUUUCGCGACGCAGUUCGUGGAAAUGUGAUGAUGCAGUGGAUGCUUUAGCGACACUGUCCGCAACCACACAGGGCACGUCCAACGGCCUGAAACGUUUAGAGCUGUAUAUGUGCGGUCAGCAAAAUAUGACGUUGCUGUUGUUGAUGGAAGAGGGUACGGCACGUCAGCAGCCGAUUGUGCAAAAAAUGUUCGAUAUUUGCGUAGCGAAAUUUCCUCAUAUGGAAUCACAUCUGAAUCAAACGCUCAAUGUCAAUGUGGAAGGCGAUAAGCGUGAAGGCGGCUAUAGUUUCAUGAGUAUCGAUGCGAAAUGGGAUACGUUAGAGCGUAAUGGACCAUGGAACCCAAUGGAAUUGAACACACUCGAAUGUAUGCAUCAAGAUUUGCAGCCGAGUGAUCAAAUUACCGAUUUGAUUUUAAGAUCACAUGAUGCAGUAUUCUAUGGCUACAAGUCCGGACGUGCCGAAUUCUUUUACAAAGAAGCCGCACAUUCUACCAAUGGCAUACCGCCACCCUCCGAUCCCAUGGGCAAUGUAGCCGCACGCGCUAAAACACAACUAGAACGAGAUAAUUCUUACAUUUUGUUUUAAAAUCAACUUAAAUUUCUAUGUCGCGGUUGCUGGAGCGCUACAAAAGCGAUUCGAAAGGAAAGUGAAGAAUUAAGUAUGUAUUUUGUUUGCUAAUUUUUAUUUAUUUCAUAAUAGUGAUACCUAAAAAUACUAGUGUAUUUACCAAGUAGUAGCAACAAUAGCAAGGAAAUAAUUUUUCGCUUCAAAUUUAGUGCGCCAUUAGUCUAGCGCCGCUACUUAUACAUAGAUACAGCACACUUUGACUUAAACCACUCGCAACUGAAAGAAAUAACAAAUUACAAGGCGUGCAUAGUUUAGAAAAUAUUUCCUUCAAAAGAAAGUGCAAGUUGUAUUUGCUACUUAUAGACGAUUUUUUUAUUACGAGUUACUUAAGUUGUGUGAUAAGAAAGCGUAUUGACAAGCUGUCUUAUAUAUAUGUAUGUAGAGAAAUGCAUUUAAAAGUACAUCAUUGAAAUGACCGGCUCGCGAAUUUUCGGUAGCAUCGAACCUUUUUGAGGUCCCGCUGAACCCAGAUGUUUUAGUAAUAACAUGUAUAUUAUGUGCGGACCAAUGGAUUUGGAGGUUUUUCGCCUUCACGAUAAGCCCCUGAACAUUUCGCGCUGAUAUUGAUCAAAUUGCGCUGACGGCGGUUUACAUGUCCGUUCAAUUUGUUAACCGGAAAGUGCAAUGUAAAAAGUCGACAAAAAUUGCUUGCUCACAUUUACGGGCAUCCCAAGUGCCAUGGUCACGCAACGAAAUUUUUCUCCGGUCAUCGACAAUGACUUAACCCAAAGCGGUCCAAAGGUUGAGUGUCGCAGAGUUUACCUUUGGUGCUCCCUUCCACUUGUUGCGCAUAAUUUGGUUUGAGUUCUCUGAUAAGGGUAUCUCCGGGAUCGGCUUGAAGUAGUGAGUCGCGUUUUCAAGCUAAAACCACCGGCUUAUGCAUCGGCAAUGAAGCGCGUGUUGCCGCAUUUUAGUUAUUGUUGUUGUUGUUGUCGCCCCAAAACUAUGUCCCCAACGUUGUUUUUGAGGCGUGUUGUGGGAGUGACAAUCCUUGGUCACGUGAACUUUUUGAUUUUAAGCGCCUCUUACCACUGACAUUCCUUACUGCGGGGCAGGCACGUACGGCAUGGAGCAAUGUGCGCGUCAUUUUACACACGUGGGGGGUGCGCAGACCAAAGAAAGACAGAAAGAGGCACCAGAUAAAGUAAACAAUGCAAUUGUAGUUAGAAAAUUAUUCAAGUUGGGGCGUACAUUUAUGAUAUUACUGCUGUGAAAGGUUUGAUUUGAAUAUUAGUAGUUUGACCUCGGCAGGGGGUGGCAACAAUUUCCUAAACCAUUUGAUUCUUUCCAAUUAAGGACUUACUCCCAUAAAAAAAGAUAUCCAUUUAGAAGUGAGCCGUUGAUUUUAUGAUAAUGAUGGCUUAGGUCUAAUGGACUGGUUGGUUAAAGAAGUCGAUAGUAUUUCUGCUUCUCUCCACCGACUUUUCUUGUCUAUUCCUACAAACUACUUGAAGUUGUAUAUAUCGAGCUUCAUAAUCCACAAAUUUUAUAUUAAUAUAAUAAAGUUAAUAUAAAUGGUAUCUAGUUCCUUUGACGUUCUUUUAGGUGGCUCGGCGUUGUCCGAUACGGCAGCGUUGGCAGAGCUGUCAUCGACUAUUGGCCUAAUAUGCAAAGUGCACUCCAAAAGUGACGUUAUACUUGAAACCAAGUGGGCAAUCUAAUCACACGUGACUGCUACUUCUUGCACUGACUUUGACGACUCCUCUUCCGUGUCGUUCACCAUAGAUAUAUACAAUGAUUCACAAAUUGAUUCUGAACUGCUUCCAAUAUUCGCUUCCUGAACUGCCGUUUCACCAAUAGACUCCUUGUUCCUGCCAUUUAUCUUAGCUUUGGCUCUAGUCAGCAUUUAAUGUAAUACAUUUACGCAGGGAAACAAAUUUUUAAAUGAAGUAUAGACGAAAUCAAAGGCAGCUUUUACUAUUUUCAACUUCCAAUCAAUCAAAUCAUUAUACAGCCCCCAAAAUGUUUUAAUGUUGGGGUCCAACUAUUUGCAUUGAGGCCUGAGUACAUAGAUUUCCCAUCUGAAGAAACCCUUAUUAUCUUAGUUUCAACAGAAAACAUUACACUUUUCCACUCCUUUGCUGUCCAAGGGCUGUAUUUACUUGCGGACUUUAAGCGUUCGCCGAGUAAUGGUAUCUUCCUAAAGAAAGUCUGUGACUUUCUUAACAAAGUAAAUAAAACACGAUGUUUGCAGUUCAACGUUUAAUUCGAGACCAAUGCAUAUUCAUACCUAUAAUAUGGGCGCUACAUAUAGUGACAUAAGCAUUGUUACAAACUCAGUGUUGUACUUAAAAGUAUUACAUUUCAACACCCUUCCUCAAUGCGUAUGUCCUUAAAUAAGUUUUAAAAUUUUCAUAAACUUUAUUACCUUUUUCUUCAGGCACGUUCUUAGUCAAAAUAUCUGCAAACAUAUUUCAGAUUUAUUCAAAACUUCUCUUACAAAAUGAUAUUUUAUGUCUAUGUGCUUCGUCCUGGCGUGAUCUACUGGUUUCUUUGCUAAAUGUUGUGCACUCAAGUUCGUGGAAUCUCUAGCAUCACCGCAUCCGAUCUCGUUGAUAAUUCUCCACAAGUGCAAUGCUUCAUUCGAACUUUUCACAAAUUUUUGCCUUAAAGUAGAUCGCCGUCAACAUAAACAAGCAUUAGAUACAGACUAACUUCUAUAACUUGCUUUGACAAUCAUGAAACCCAGAUCUUUUAAUGUUGCAUUCAGCUUGGAGUUUCACGCCCCUUCCUACUCGCUAUUCAAAUACGUCCAUCUGAUGAGAUGCAUCUGUAAUGCCGCCGCUAAUGCCAGUACCAAACGUAUCGUCUCAAACCGACAUACUUGAAAAAAAAAAGUUUCCGAAUAGUUGAUGCCGAAUAUGAGCGUUUGGGUGUGUCUUUGACAUCCACUGUGGAAGCGAUGUGUCUGCGAUUACGAUAUGGGGUAUUUUUAUCCAACAGAACUCAUCCUCUUUAAACUAAAGUCCUAACAUUUUGUUCCAUUCACGUACCGAUUGCUUAAAGCAGCAGAUUGCUCUCUCUGACUUGAAUAUAGUUUUCGGUUUGUACGUGUUAAAAGUACAUUUUGAAGGCUUCAGAAAUCUUUUUCUAAAAGGAACCUCAACCGAUAUGGAGUUGCAAAAAUAAAAAAUUCAAAGCUUCUUUGCUAAGUACUUAUUCUGAACUGACUCUGUUUUCUUUAUUAGCUUCUUAUUUAUUCUGAAAUUCUAUGAAAUAAGAUACGCUUAUGAAUGUAUGACUAUGA